CGAGUGGAAACUUGUCGUACCAAAAGAGUCGCGUUUAGAGAUACUGACUAAAAAUCAUUCUGAACCAAUUUCUGGCCAUUUUGGUAUAUUUAAAACUCAUAAACGUUUAGCGUUAAGUUACUACUGGCCUAACAUGUAUAAAGACGUUGUACAGUUCGUUACGGCAUGUGAGACAUGUUUAGCGUAUAAACAACCAACACACACAACUUUGGGUCGGAUGGGACGACCAAAAGAGUGCUGCCGCCCCUUCCAAGUAAUCUCUAUAGACUUGGUGGGACCACUACCUAAUUCUAGAAAGCAGAAUUCUUACAUUUUUGUAGUAACGUGUUGCUUUUCCAAGUAUUGUUUGCUUUUUCCUCUACGAAGAGCUACAGCGGAUGGGAUAGUUAAGUCUUUGGAAGAUCAUGUGUUUCUCGUCCACGGCAUUCCACAAACGGUUAUUUUAGAUAAUGGUUGUCAGUUUAUUGGUCGCGAGUGCAGUGCAUUGUUUAAGAAAUACAAAAUACCAAAUAUACAUUUUACGCCCAAAUAUACACCGCAAAUAAAUACAGUAGAGAGGUAUAAUAAAACUAUAGUCACUUCCAUAUCUACCUUCGUAAAUGAAGAUCAUCGGUCUUGGGAUGUAAAUUUACCCAAAAUUCAAUUCGCGAUAAAUAACUCUGUUAAUGAAACAACUCGUUUCACCCCGUCCUUCUUAGUGCACGGACGAGAAUUGGUAACUUGCGGUUCUCACUACAUUAAUAAUGACGAUAGCUCUGACGAAUUAGUAUUUUUACCGCGUGAUAUUUACGCGGAAAAUCUGGGACACUUGGGCCCAGUGUUCGACGCAGUGCAGGCCGCUCUUUGGCAAAGCCACAUUAAAAAUUCUAAGCGGUACAAUCUUAGGCGAAUUGACGCAGACUUUAACGUUGGUGAUAUUGUUUGGAAGCGUUGUUACUUCCUAAGUGAUAAAGAUUCCCAUUUCAGUAAGAAGCUCGCGCCCAAAUUCCAAAAAUGCAAAAUUGUAAAAAAAAGGUCACCUCUGGUUUAUGUGUUAGAAGACAUGACCGGUCGCAAUUUAGGGGCAUGGCAUGUUAAAGAUUUAAAGUUGUUGCAAGACCGUGUUGGCGCGUCAAGUAAAACUCCUUGAAAGGAUUUUCCCGAGGUAAAAUCCUCCCUGAGGAGGGGGGUAUGUGUAACGUAUGUUACAAAAAUUCAAUAAGCUGACAUUUCUGAACGGAUUGAUGACUCUGUGGCGCGAGCUGUCAGUUGAUUUUACGACUUGUCACUGUCACUUUUUACCUUGACCUCGAUGCGAAGGGCAUCGACCCUGUAUAACCUAUAAUUUUUAUAUCUUUAUUUAAUCUUAUACCAAAUUCUUACUUCUUAUCGAAAUAAGAAUUGCUCCCCGUACUGGGGAGUAAGUUUGGAAUUUAACAACAUCGACAUUCGUCGGCCGACUGGCUUGAUAAAGCCUAACGAUCACCGAUCGCU